AUGUCGGCCCUAUCGGUUCAAAGAAAGCAGACGGUAGAAACCACCCAGCUUCAUCAACGAAAAAUGGUCUUGGACUCGGCCGAAUAUCUCUCCACAUCAGAUUUGAAAAACCAAAUGAUGCCACUAAAAAUUUUGAUUUGUGGUGCAGGCAUCACGGGAAAUGCCCUCGCAUUCUGGCUUUCGAAGAUUGGUCACAAGAUUACAGUGAUUGAGCAUUUUCCAGACCUACGUGCCACAGGCUUGCAACUUGAUCUUCGUGGGCCCGGGAUCCAGGUCCUGAGAAAAAUGGGGCUGGAGGAGACUUUUCGAAGAUCCACUGUCAAAGAGCAAGGUAUGAAGCUCGUCGAUAAGAAGGGCAGGUCGUGGGGUUAUUUCUCUGCAAACAGAUCUGGUGAAGGAUUGCAAAGUUUGACAACCGAUUUUGAGAUUAUGAGAGGUGAUUUAUGCCGACUGCUCUACGACGCCACUAAGGUCCAUGUCACAUACAAAUUUGGGAUGCAUGCAAUCUCCAUCGAACAGAAUACCUAUUUCGCCGAAGUGACAUUCUCAAAUGGUGCCCAAGAACGGUUCGAUAUUGUCAUUGGUGCAGAUGGCCAAGGAUCGCGCACUCGGAAGAUGAUGCUCGACAGUGAAGUUACAGAUGGUACCUUGAGAGCAGAUCCAUUCCAGACACUAGGAGCAUUUGCGGGUUAUUUCACCGUCCAGGAAGAUAUUCGAAAAGAUGAAGGUUACGAUGCAACUAUGUACAUGACAACAAAGAGCCGAGGCAUUAUGACUCGUCGACACGAUCCCCACAAAUACCAAGCAUAUCUAUUCUGCAGCACCGACUCGUCAGAGCGACUCAAAAGUUCCAAGAAAGGCGAUAUCAUCAAAGAAAAAGAAGGAUUCAAGGAAGUGUUCCAUGGCACUGGAUGGCGGUCAGAGGAGAUCCUGAAGGCAUUAGAAACGUCCGACGACUUUUAUUGUGAACGAAUUGGAGUGAUUGUACUUGACCAUUGGUCACCCGGCCGUAUUGCGUUGGUUGGAGACGCAGCGUAUUGCCCUUCCGUCAUGACUGGAAUGGGUACCUCAUGCGGCAUGACUGGUGCUUAUGUUCUGGCUGGUGAGAUUGCGCGACACUAUGGGAAUCAGUCAAAAGCAGGGACCGAGAGCAAUGCAAUCACCGCUGCUUUCAACAGCUACGAGCGCAAAUUGAGACCUUUGAUGACUCAAGUCCAGAAGGGUCUGACAAAUAAUCCACGGUACAUGGAAUCACUUCCUUCGUCUGAAUGGGGUGUUGGCAUGGUCUAUGUACUGUUUUGGUUUGCCUCGUUGUUGAGAUUAGACGUUCUUGCUCGCUGGGUCUUACGUGAAGAUACUAAUGGAUGGAAGCUUCCAGAGUAUCCGGAGAUGGUAGAUGAGAAACGUCUGGAGUAG